UAGGUUAAAUCAUAGAUGCCCAAGUUUCCUGUCAACACGUGUUGAGUAUUGUUAGUUUUAGGAAAAUAUAAAAUUAGUGAUAUAAAAUAUGUCUGUGCUAAAUCGUGUGGUCAAACCGACCACUCGGAGGGGUAAGAAGAUACUUAUGAAAAAAGCACCUCAAAUAAUAGAAGGACCCAAGAAAACGUUGUUCUUCAAAGGGAGAAAAUGCAACGAAAACAUGAGACGCGUUCUAAAAGACAUUUAUAAUCUCAAAAAACCCGAUGCUCUAAUGUUGACUAAAAACAAUGAUAUCACCAUUUUUGAAGAUGUAACGCCAGUCGAGGCCUUCACUAGAAAACACGAAACGCCAUUGUUUAUUAUGGGAUCUUCCAGUAAAAAACGUCCAGAGAAUUUAGUUGCUGGUAGAAUGUUCAACUAUUCCCUUCUUGAUAUGUUUGAAUUUCAUGUAGAAAAUGUUGAGCACUUGGAAGACUUUAAAUCGAACAAAAUAUUACUUGGAUUGAAACCCUGUCUUGUAUUCAAUGGUCCUAAAUGGGAUGAAACUGCAGAAUUCAAACAGUUGAAAUCUUUAUUUAUUGAUUUAUUCCAUCGUGAAGAAGUCGAGUGUAUAAGACUUCAAGGUCUGGAACAUAUUUUAAGUUUUACUAUUACAGAUGAUGGUAAAAUUCUUCUUAGGUCUUACAAAGUUAUGUUGAAAAAAUCUGGGGGCAGGACACCGCGGGUGGAACUGGAAGCUAUAGGUCCCAAUAUAGACUUAGUCCUCAGAAGAAGUAAACUUCCUACUGAAGACUUAAUGAAGGAAGCAUGUAAGAGACCUAAGGAGCUCAAAGCUAAACCAAAGAAGAAUAUUUCAACGGAUGGUCUUGGUACUACUCAUGGUCGCAUACAUAUUGGCAAACAAGAAAUCAAUAAACUUCAGACUCGUAAAAUGAAGGGAUUGAAAAAAUCACCAGUAGAAGUGAUGGCUCAAAAAAUGCUGAAUAAAAAAGCUAUGAAGGAGAAGAUCAAAUCUCAAAGAUGAGAAGUGUGUGAUCAUUUUAAAAGUGAAACAAAUGCCUAUGGUCAAGACAUUUUAGGUAAGUGGAGUCUGCAAUAAAAUCGAUGUUUUAUUGAGGACUUCUUACUUUCAAUAAAUGUCUUGACCUUAUGUAAUUGAAAAAGGACGAUAUUGCCAAACUCAUGAAAGUUUGAAUUUGUAAUAAGCUUAAACUGUAAUGUAGUUAGUUUUAAGUUGUACAUAUUUUUUUGUAUAAAUUUGAAAUAAAGAUUUUUCUAUGUU